AUGUGGUCUUCCCACAAACCCAAACUCAGUGGACUUCGACAUUCUGUCAAAUCAAAAAUGGGUAUUCCAUCCUCAUUACCCACAAACCCUAACCCCAGCCCCAGUCCGCCACUACCUCAGUCACCGCCACCACAAACGCCGCCAUUACCUCAAUCGCCACCACCUCAGUCACCGCCACCACCCCCAAGCCAAAUACCACCUCUCAUUCCGCCGACUCCCCUCUCGCCGCAAUCCGAGCCACAAAAUGAAACACCAAUUCCCGACUCCCAUUCCUCAGAACCAGCGCCUCAACCUGUGCCUACUCAAACGAAAACCCAAGGCAAAACAAAAAAGGCUGCAAGUAAACCUAAGAAAACCCCGCUUGAAACGGAAAUGAGUACCCUCUGUUCCUUUCAACCCGAAUUCUCCACCUCACCGCCCUCCGAACCGCUUAGCAAAAGGACCAGUGUCUUCCUCACAACCUCCAGCUCCAGUGACCCAAUCACCAAUAACUCAGUCUCCCUUACACUCUCCAGCACCUGCGUCAUCUGCAGAUACUAUAGAGGAGAAUGGAUCGACUUUGCUAAAAUUAGGGAACCAAAGGAUUCAGGAUAUAAAAACAUGGAGUGGCAGCAAACUGUUUAUGACCCUGUUCAAUUCUGA